AUGGCCAUUGAGAUCGUUCCUCUCACCGAGGAAGAUAUUCCUGGCACCAUAGAAUGUAUUCAGCAGGCAUUUGCUGACGACCCAUACUUCAAUUGGGUAUUCGAUUCUUCCAAGUUCAAUAAGAAAAGAAAUAUCGGCUCCCUGAAGGCCCGCUGUCUUUGGGGAAUCAACAAUGCUCUGUUCUAUGUCGCAAAAGAGACGCCAGAUCAGAAAGACAAGGCUGUCGCUCCCUCCUCGCGUGUUCUGGGAGUUUCUUGCUGGAUGCCUCCACAGGCUACGGAUGUUCCUGAAAGCUGGUACUCUUGGAUCCAGUCGUGGAUCCUGUCAUUCCGCCAGUUAGUCAACAACGUGCGCUUCCUAGGCCGUGGCGGCCUAAACACCCGCCGCUAUUGGAUCUGGAAGGCGGUUCAGGAAGAGGCUCAAAAGGAGAUAUGGACGGAUCCCAAAGGUUACUAUUUCUGUAACAUCGUGGCCGUCAGCCCUGAGGCACAGGGGAAGGGAAUCGGAAGGAAACUGUUCGAAGUGGUCACCACACAAGCAGAUGAGAAAGGUAUGAAGUGCUAUCUCGAAAGCUCAAAGGGUCACCCGAAUGUGGAGAUCUACAAGAAGAUGGGAUUUGAGAUGGUUAGAGAAAUGGAUUGCAGGGAUGGAGAAGACGUGUGUAAGGCAAGUACCGCUCUUCGCCAAGCUGUCUCACCCGUAGCUUCAAGAUGCUUCUCGAUACUGGUUGUCUAA